AUGUAUUAUGUACCAGUAACUCAAAGCUAUGCAAGUUUGCCCGUAACCUAUGUACCAGUGUAUUCAACUACAAUUAAUCGAGCAGCAAAUGAUCUGUCCGAAGUUAAAAGAGAACUCGCCGACUUACGUGGAGAGUUGAGUAAUUUACGUUUAGAAAAAGAAACUUGUCCAAUUUGUUCUUCGACUUCAUCAAUUACGCGAACAAUCCAUUGUGAUGAAACUUGUCGAUUAUGUGCACCGACAACACAAGUAAUUGAGUGCGACGGAACUUGUUCAAUCUGUUAUCCGCGCGUUCCUAGUCGAGAACGAAUAGUAACUUAUUCACGUUCACCAUCACCGGUUCAUUAUUGUUCGCUUUGUGAUGAUUAUGUUAUUGAUCAGGCUUAUCCGCCACCAUCUCCACGUCCACAUAAACGAAUAGUGAAAAAAGUAAAACAACAAGACAAAUUAUCUGAAUAUUUAUCUCGGCAGCUUGAUCUUCACCGACUUCAACAUCGUUAUAUACCCGAACAACGGCCAGUAUGGAUUCCAACAGCGUAUAAACAUGAUUACCCUCAUCGACGAUGGGUUACUCGUGAAUCACGCUUGGCAGAACCUUGA